AUGCCCUGUCUUGCCCUCCUCCUCACCCAUUCUCUCUGUCCAUCAAUCAGUGUUUCUACUCUCUCACUCUUCAGCAUUACAUCUGUCCUUACCAACUUUUCACCUUCUGCCUCUGGAUUAAUCAUUAUCUAUUUGUCUCUUUCUAACCAUAACUCUUCAUAUCUCUCAAUCUACUUUUACUUAUUCACAUCUCUAUAUUUAUCUCUACCUGUUCAUGGCCAUCUGUCUCUCUACCUGUUCAUGGCCAUCUGUGUCUCUCUACCUGUCCAUGGCCAUCUGUGUCUCUCUACCUGUCCAUGGCCAUCUGUGUCUCUCUACCUGUCCAUGGCCAUCUGUGUCUCUCUACCUGUCCAUGGCCAUCUGUGUCUCUCUACCUGUCCAUGGCCAUCUGUGUCUCUCUACCUGUCCAUGGCCAUCUGUGUCUCUUUAACUGUCCAUGGCCAUCUGUGUCUCUCUACCUGUUCCAUCUGUGUCUCUCUCUCCUGUUUCCACCUUGCCUGUUCAUCUGUCCGUCCGUUUAUCGAUCCGUUUCACCUUGCCUGUUCAUGUCCGUCCGUUUCGCCUUGCCUGUUCAUGUCCGUCCGUCUCGCUCUUCCAGUUCGUGUCCGUCUGUCUCGCUCUUUCAGUUCGUGUCCAUCUGUCUCGCUCUUCCAGUUCGUGUCCAUCUGUCUCGCUCUUCCAGUUCGUGUCCUCCAUAUCUGCCUGUCUAUUUCUGCCUGCCAAUGUCCAUUUGUCUCCCUCUGUUUGUUCAUAUUUGUCCACCUCUAUCUAUUUAUAAUCACUUCAUUCAGCUCUCUCUCUCUCUCUCUGAUUUUUCCCUCUGCCUUAUUCUUUGUAAAUGCUCUUUUAUUCCUCUCUCUUGUUUUAUUUUUGUUUUGCAUUCUUUGUCUAUAUUGUCUUUGUCUUCUUUAUCUUAUUUUCUCUGUUAUUAAUUUUAUCUCUUUUUUUCUUCUCUUUUCUAUCUCUUUUUUUCUCUUCAUUGCUUGUCUUUUCUUCCUUUAUCUGUUUCUCUUAUCUUCUUUGCAUUGUUUUUGUUCACCUUUUUCUACACUUCUCUACCUUUCUCUUUUCUUCUCUUCUCUACCUUUCUCUUCUGCACCUUUCUCUUCUCUUCUGCACCUUUCUCUUCUCUUCUCCACCUUUCUCUUCUCUUCUCUUCUGCACCUUUCUCUUCUCUUCUCUUCUCCACCUUUCUCUUCUCUUCUCUUCUCCACCUUUCUUUUCUCUUCUCUUCUCCACCUUUCUCUUCUCUUCUCUUCUCCACCUUUCUUUUCUCUUCUCUUCUCCACCUUUCUCUUUUCUUCUCUUCUCCACCUUUCUCUUUUCUUCCACUCUUUUAACUUUUAUUUUGUCUUCUCCACCUUUCUUCUUCUCUCUCUUUCCACCUUUCUUUUUCUUUUUCUCACCUUUCUCUCUCACUUGUCUCACAGUUGCUCACUUUUUCAUUCUGUCUCUUUGCUUUUUUUCCCUCUUUUUAUUUUUAUUUCUUUAUCAUUGCCUCUGUCUUUUCUCUUCUCUAUUUUUUACCACCUUUCUUUGUUUUUUCUCCCUUACUCUGAUUACUCAAGCUCAUUUCUUAUUCUCUUUUCUCUCUCUUUUUCACAAUUUCUUCUUUCCCUCUCUCCAUGCACACACACACACACAAUUCUCUCUUUUUUCAAAAAUGCAGUGUUGUGGAUUAUUGGGGGAGGGUUUUUCUGA